AUGGACGCCAGGAUGCACCAACAACGCCCAAUCGCUGGGUUUUCAUCUCCUGUAGUCCCAAGGGCUCGUCCUCUCGUCAAUGGCGCGGCAGGAGCAGCCGCUGCAAGCCGCAUCCCGCCGUCUCUCCAGGCCAAAAUGGCUGCUUUGGCCAACAAGUCACAGCAGGCGACCACGUCCAAUAACCAAGCAAUGGAUGCCACAGUCCACGCUCUUAUGCGUGCUACACUGGCAGACAAACCACCCCUGCAUCCUAACGGAACACCUGCGCUCUCCACUCCCGGCCUUGGGACAAGUCCAGUCGGCCGUGGGCCGCCAUCCGGUAUCGGUGCACGCCGUGCUAAGCCGGGCAUGAAACUCAGCGACAUGUCUGGCUUUGGUGGUGCCGCAGAAACCUUUGGGCUUAGGGCUGGUCGUCCCGCAAGCCCUGGUCCACCGGCGCGACGUGCCCCUCCUCAGGGCAAUUUGGGCACACCCUUUUCCAGCUUUUCCAAGAUUGUGGACCCUUCCGGCGCGCUCAACUUUAAUGGAAAGGCCAUUCUUCACGCAAAGGGCGUCGACUUUUCCAGCGGGGCCUCGUUUAGCAUCAGUAUGAACCAGUUUGAACUCGAAGACGAGCUGGGCAAAGGAAACUAUGGCACUGUCAGAAAGGUGCUUCACAAGCCCACCAAAGUCGCUAUGGCCAUGAAGGAAAUCCGGUUGGAACUUGAGGAUCAGAAGCUCAAUGCGAUCCUCAUGGAACUCGACAUCCUUCAUCGCGCGGUUGCACCGGAAAUUGUCGAGUUUUAUGGUGCUUUCUUUGUCGAGGGUUGUGUCUACUAUUGUAUGGAGUACAUGGACGCCGGAUCACUGGACAAACUUCAAGGCGCCGGCAUUCAAGAGCCUGUGCUCGCCCGCAUCAGUGGCGCAAUGGUUAGAGGUCUCAAGUUUCUGAAGGAUAAGCUGCAGAUUAUGCAUAGAGAUGUCAAGCCUACAAACGUCUUGGUCAACAGACAAGGCAUUAUCAAGCUUUGCGAUUUCGGAGUAUCAGGACAACUAGAAAAGAGUCUCGCAAAAACAAAUAUCGGCUGUCAAUCAUAUAUGGCCCCGGAACGGAUCCAGGGCGAGUCUGUCAACAAUCUUGGAACAUACAGCGUCUCGUCAGACGUUUGGUCUCUGGGGUUGUCCAUCAUCGAAGCGGCCAUGGGCAAAUAUCCGUACCCGCCGGAGACGUAUGCCAAUGUAUUUGCACAACUUACCGCCAUUGUGCAAGGUGAUCCGCCCACGCUACCGGAUGGCUUCAGUGAUGAGGCGUGUGAUUUCGUCGCGCGAUGCUUGAUGAAGGAGCCCACCCGCCGGGCUACAUAUUCGGAACUUCUCGAACAUCCAUUCCUCAUCGCAGACUCGAAACGCACCGACGACGAGGUCGAUAUGCGUGGCUGGGUCGAAAUGGCCAUCGAAUGGCGCGAAAAGGAACGGAUAAAGGCUGCUGUUACUGCGGAACUAGAGCUCUAG